AUGACUUCGCCUUCUUCACCGACGACGCCUCGCCGUCGUCUCUCUUCGCGUCGAGGAUCUGUUAGUGCUCAGGAUCCAUACGCGAAACAUGGUGAGAUCAACUUGAACCCCAACCGACUCUCAACGAGCACUUUGACCAUCGUCAAGGUCGUGCCAUCCGACAUCUUCAGUGCAUUUUCCAAUAACAACCAUGGGACUAUAUCGCUCAAAGAUCCUCCUGGCCCAGGACAGCGAAGACCGCAUCGUCGGAUUGGGAACAACGACUCAGGCGCAGGACCUCGUGGAAGACCCGAAGGAGGCGCAGGCGCAGAAGGAAGUCCUCGGAUGAGCUUUGCAUUUUCGACAUUUGGACCUGCGAGGCCUGGCACUCAGUCAGACAGGACAGGAGCUAGGACACCCUCGCCUUCGUCACCUUCGACGUCAUCGAGGAUCAGACCUUCGUCACCCAGCGGUCAUCGGAGUUCCACGUCGGGAUACGCAGCGCCUAAACCCAAAUUGACACCAGAACAAUUGUACGAUCUUGCUCAUCAAGCUACACAUCCCACGCAUCUACCUACAAUGACGUCACCUUUGAACCAGAGGUGGUCACCGCACUUUACAGGUUCCCCACGGUCGUCUCCGUCAAGUGGAAUUAGUACUGGUACAACACCGGCUACAUUCACGCCUUUACAUCCGUCUGUGUAUCUUCCAUUCAUAGAUCGCUCGGCGGAAGUAAAAGCGCUCAUAGAAUCUACCCCGACACGUAAACUUUUUGCGCUUUUAAAACAAACGUUCCCGAGACAAGACUCGCUUCCAGCAACCGGCCAUCUCGUUGUAGCUAAUCCUGAUCCGGAAUCCAAGUCUUCCCCGUCCGAUUCUCCUACAAGAAGUAUUUUUUCUCCAACUCCAGGUGUUGAUAUUCCUAUUGACCCCACAACAUGGACGUACGACAGUCUUAUUGCUUUCAUCGUUGAUACUUCUCGCGAUCAAGAACCCGACACAAUUUGGGUCGCCAAGAUCCGGAGAUGUAUUCUAUCUCACUCGGAACUCAUCUGGGAACGAGUCAAAGGCGCUUUGGGCGUCCCUCCAGAGUUGGACGUGGAUUUCGAUUUGGAGAUGGAAAUGAAUGCAGAUGUAUUCGAAUCUUCCGAGUCAGAGUCAGAGUCGGAUAGAGAUCUACAGACUCCCGGGUCGACAAAGACACCCAGAACGGAAGAUAUGGAGGAUGGAGGUAUGAAAGGAAAAGGUUAUUGGGAGGGCUGGGAUGCGAUUAUGGACAGUCCUAACAAUGAUCGUGGUAGCGCUCCGGCGUCUGCUUUCAUCAAAAGUCCAUCGACGGACCCAAUACCGAUUAAUGCAGCUGCAGCAUCGAUGUUGCAUACACAGCGUUCAGGUUCGGGAGAUACAACUGAGAGCCCGACGCCUGUUCAGAGGGAGUCAAGAUCCCCUGCAAGAGAUCCGGACCUUCCUAAAAUCAUGCAGCAAAUGCCUACCCCAACGACUUCUUUCGACGAAGGUCAACAGGUCAAGGCUGUACCCAUCCCUGAUGGCGAGGAUGUGUCAAGUAAAACUUCAGCUUCGACGACGACGACGACCACUAGGCACGUCAAAACGAAUUCGCGCUCCUCCAUAGGAUCACCAGGAUCCUUCUCCCCUUCCUUAUCAUCCUCCAUCCCAUCUUUGUUAUCCUUCACCUCUGCCACAUCCGGUCCAAAUCCUGAAACGGGAGUGGUCAUCGAACCACUUAUCCUCUCUCCGAGCCAAAACUCUGUUGGCUCCCCUGGUUUGUAUCCACCCCCGCUUAGCCUCCCUGCUUUGUUGUCAGAUUCGGCAGGCAAUGGAGCUAGUACGAAUGCGUUGGGAGACAUCCUAGAGGGCGCGGAGGAGGAAGAUGAAGAAGACGAAAAAGAGAAAGAGAAAGAAAAAGAACAAGAGGAAAAGAGUGAGACUUUGGAUAAUGACAAUUCUGCGGCGGCACCCGAGCCAGCGAUUGACCCGACCCAGAUUCACGGUCUUCGUAUAUCCCUUCCCUCCUCACCUACUCCCAGUACCUCUUCCACGACCUCUUCCCCCGUGUUCGCCUAUCGACCCCUUUCCCAGCUUUCCCAAAGCCAAAGUCAAUCGCAGGGUCUCACCGGCUCACUCAGUCGAAGCGGCUCGUUAUCCCGGACUAAGACCGACCCGAACUCGAACUCGAAGCGUUUGAGCUGGGGAUCCAUCGGGGGUGCCGGUGAUCUUGGCGACCUUACUCGGAGUCAGAGUUUUGGUGGUAAAGGGGGGUUGACGAGGACUGGGUCGUCGGGGUCUAUUACUUCCAUUGGGUCUCAUGGAUACCUUGUUGGGGGCGCGGGGAGUGGGUAUGAUUCUGAGGGAGGUUACGACCCCGUGGGGGAUCGUGCACCUGGGAAUCCGUUGUUCCCGAGUAAUUUCGCGAGGUUGGCUACUGGGCCUACUUUGAUCGCAAAUAACCCCGCUCUUCGUUCCGCACCUAUACCCCCGCAGUCAAAAUACUCGCAUGUGUUGCAUGGGAGGAGGAAUAAAUUUGAUCGGAGGGGGAGUAAUGCGAGUGGGAUUAGUGGGACGACGUCGAAUGAUUAUGCUCUUACGUUGGAAAGUGGGUCGAGUGUUGGGUGA